CAAUCCCUCUCCAACCUCCUCCCCUAUUCCUUUCUUAAUUUGUAAAUUACAAAUCUUUAUUUUUAUUUUUAUUUUUAUUCUCCCCUAAAUUAAAUUCCUAUAUAUUUACCCUAUAUUUCUAUUCACCCAAAAUUUUCUGGGCUCCUUGUUUCUCACUUUCACUCCCAGAGCGUUUCCAUUGUUGUUCGUAUUUUAGGGUUAGGGUUUCGGAUCGGUGGUGAUUUGGGUUGGAAUUAUGGGGGCUGAGGGUGAUUCAAGCGAGCCUAAAGUAGGUGGGGAAGGAGGAGAGCUUAUCAAUAUUCGGUGCUCUAAUGGGUCCAAGUUCUCGGUGAGGGCGUGUUUGGAUAUCGAUGUUGGGGCCUUCAAGGCGAUUUUGGCUCAGAAUUGUGAUAUUCCAGCUGAUCAGCAACGAUUGAUUUACAAAGGUCGUAUCUUGAAGGAUGACCAAACCCUCAUCAGCUAUGGUUUGCAGGCAGAUCAUACUGUCCACAUGGUUCGCGCCUUUGCACCUGGUGCCUCGACCACACCAGCUGCGCCCGCUGCUAAUGCUACUUCUGCAAGUCCCAACGCUGCGGCAGGUGUCACUCGUGGUGUUGGUUCCGAGGGGGUUGGGAAUCCCGACCUUGGGGGGUCUUUGCUAUUUGGGCAGGGUUUAGGUCUUGGUGGUAGUGGUGGAGCGGCUGGUUUAUUUGGGAGUGGGCUUCCGGAAUUUGAUCAAGUGCAGCAGCAACUAACUCAGAACCCGAACAUGAUGAGGGAUAUAAUGAACACUCCUGCCAUCCAAAGUCUUAUGAAUAACCCUGAGCUGAUGCGAGGCUUGAUCAUGAACAAUCCACAAAUGCGUGACAUCAUUGACCGGAACCCAGAGCUUGCGCAUAUACUUAAUGAUCCUGGCAUUCUUCGACAGACACUAGAAGCUGCUAGGAACCCUGAACUCAUGCGUGAGAUGAUGCGAAACACUGACAGGGCAAUGAGUAAUAUUGAAUCUUCGCCUGAGGGAUUCAACAUGCUGAGACGGAUGUAUGAAAAUGUUCAGGAGCCGUUUUUGAACGCUACCACAAUGUCCGGGAAUGCUGGGAACGAUGCGGCUUCAAACCCCUUUGCUGCUCUUUUAGGGAAUCAGGGUGGGGCACAAGCCAGGAAUGGGACUAACAACCCUUCAACCACCGGUUCAGAAACUACUGCAGGUUCUGCGAUUCCUAAUGCAAACCCUCUUCCCAACCCUUGGAGCAAUACUACUGGAGGAAAUCAAACAAACGCACCCAGGUCUACUCCUGCUGGGGAUGGGAGAGCACCAAAUAUUGGUGGUCUUGGAGGUCUUGGAGGUUUGGGAGGUCUUGGUGGUCUUUCUGGAAUGGAACAAAUGCUGGGUGGCAUGCCAGACGCUAAUGCAAUGAAUCAGCUUAUGCAGAAUCCAGCAAUAUCUCAGAUGAUGCAAAGCAUGCUCUCAAAUCCCCAAUAUAUGAAUCAGAUCCUGAACCUCAAUCCACAACUACGCGCUAUGGUUGAUGUAAAUCCUCAACUUAGAGAAAUGAUGCAAAAUCCAGAGCUUCUACGUCAGUUGACAAACCCUGAGACAAUGCAGCAAAUGCUUGCAUUACAGCAGUCGCUAUUUUCUCAGACCAAUCGACAGCCAUCAACUCAGGAUCCAACUCAGACUGGUGGUGCUACAGGGAUUCCAAAUAAUGGUGCUGGACUGGAGAUGUUGAUGAACAUGUUUGGUGGUCUUGGAGCUGGCAGCUUGGCCGCACCAGCCAGCAAUGUACCACCAGAGGAACGUUAUGCAACUCAGCUGUCACAACUUCAAGAAAUGGGUUUCUUCGAUACUCAAGAGAAUAUUAGGGCAUUGCAAGCCACUUCCGGGAAUGUCCAUGCUGCAGUAGAGCGACUUUUAGGGAAUCCACCUGGAGCAUAACAUGUUACAUGGUUUCAUGUUUCUAUAUUUAUUGAAUUGGGAUUCUUUCUUCUUUUUAUUUUCUUUAUGUGGACAUGUAACAUUAGUAAUGCGGAGUGAACUCUUCUUAAGACACAAGACAUACAAGCAGUUGUAGAAUCCAUUUUGGGAGUGUGAAUAAGCAAGAACACAUCAUCACAGAGCUGUGAACUUGUGGACAAGCUUAUGCAUACCCUACAAUUUACCUGCUUCCCUCUUUACUUCCUCUCUUUCUCAUAUGCUUCAACUUUCUUCUUUCCAUGUAUACGGUGCACAUUUGAAAUAAAUUAUUUCAAUGUAAAGUAUAAUUCUGAUAUUUUAUACCCUGAACGCUUUUAUGCAUUGGCUGGAUAUACAAAAAAAAACAUGGCAUUUGCUC